CUAAAGCUAAUUAAGCUUGUUCUACGACCUUCACAGUAUCAACUAUAAAGACUAUAUAUAGUUCUUGAAUCUUCGUCGAGAGGCGACCAAUCAAUCAAUGGCUCAUCUUGAGCUCUCCGACGAUGUUUUGCUGACUAUCGUGCCCAUCAUCGCGUACUGGUUAUUCUCGGGACUGUAUGAAAUCCUCGGGCGCUUUGACCGGUACCGGCUUCAUCCCAAGGUUGAAGAAGAUGAGAAGAACAUUGUGUCCAGGGGAACUGUUCUCAAAGGCAUGAUUCGGCAACAGGCAAUUCAGAUUGCAGUAGUCGUCCUCACUCAAAGGUUUAUAAACAACAACUACAAGGGCAGGGAGGCGGAGCCACAGCCAUCCGCCCUGGCGGUGACACGCCAAUUCCUCGUCGCAAUGCUGGUGGAAGACGCGUGGCAGUACUUGGGCCAUCGUUUCCUGCACUCCUACAGCUUGCUAUACAAACACAUCCACUCCACUCACCACUCCGUCGUAGCCCCCUACGCCUACGCCGCCCUCUACAAGAACCCCGCCGAGUUCUUCAUCCUCGACGCCGUGGCCGGGUCCCUCGCCUUCGUCGUCUCCGGCAUGACCCCUCGAACCGGAAUCUACUUCUUCACGUUCGCGACCGUCAAGGCGGUCGACGUGCACAGCGGGCUUUGGCUGCCGUGGAACCCGCUGAGGUUCUUGUUUGGGAAUAAUUGCGCGUAUCAUGACGUGCAUCAUCAGCUUAAGGGGCACAAGCAUAACUUCUCGCAGCCGUUCUUUGUUGCUUGGGACAGGAUUUUUGGGACCCACAUGGAUUUUAGCGUCGUGGAGCGUAGAGGAGGGGGGUUUGAGGUCCGUCUGCCCAAGAGUAACUAGCUAGCUGAGCGAUCAUCUUAGAUCAGAUGCUACAGUGAGUAGUUUAGUUAGUAUAACUCACGUAUAAUGAUGUGGUGUGACUUCCAUAUACAUCAAUAUGAAGCGAGCUCUAAAUUCCUAUGACCACUAGGAAUACUUUUAUCAGAUUCAGAUCGGUUCUUUUUUAUUUUUAAUGAAAAUGUGAAACCAGCUUGAUGAUAUACACUGGAAACUGCUUUAGGUAUAAGUAUGUACGCGCGCUAGAUCGA